UGAAGAGUUAAAAAGGGAAAGUAUGUGCAUUGCACUCGUAAGUGGUAUCAGAGACUGCUGUAACUACGUCUAAUAGACAAACGUCACCUAAGCAUGAAUAUAGAUGUGAUUUAUGAAUCUUGAUGCUGAUUUAUGAUGAAUGCGGCUGUGUUCCUGCACAAUAAUUGAAUGAGUGUGUGUGUGUGUAAGUGUAAAAUUAUGGGCGUGUCCCACCCCAGCGCAGUCUGAUACGUCAGAAAAAGAGAGCCGCUUGUGUAGUGAAGGGUUGGCUGCAUGCACGGUCUAUGGUUGGCUGUGGGAGGAAAAAAAAACGCGUUUAAAAGAGGGGGAUGGGGCAAUGAGUUGUUUUGUGUUGCAUUCCUGCAGUGUGCUUGACCUUUGACCUCGUUGUUGUGCUCGCUUCUCCUCGCAUACCAAAGUGAGGGGUUUUCCCUGCAGUAUGCCAGAAAGGAGGUAGCUCACACGCGCUGCGCCCUGGACGUGUUUACUAGCUGCUAGCUUACAAAAGGCUCGCGCUGUUUACCUACCUGAAUCUGCAGUUAGCUAGCUAAAAACGAGGGAUUGCUUUAUUAUUAUUAUUAUUAUUAUUAUUAUUAUUGUUACUAUUAUUAUUUUAACCGAGGCUCGCGCGUUGCAUUGUAGGAGGCCGAGAAGGGAAAACGUCUUCUCUGUCCGUGCGAGAGGAGAAAAAAAAACGGAGAAAAAGGAGGAGUAGGUGUGGAGUGUUGUGAAUAUCGCCGCGAGCUCGGUCAGGUCACUGCUCCGCGCGCUAGCUCUCUAGCUGUUUCACGCGCACACGUUUUUACUAUCCAGCGCUCGCCGAUUAUUCGGCAUAAACCCGCCGCAGAAACACGGACAAGACCGAGGAAAUGAAGGACAAACAGAAGAGGAAGAAGGAGCGCACGUGGGCCGAGGCUGCUCGCAUGGUUCUUGAGAACUUCUCGGAUGCCCCAAUGACACCUAAACAGAUCCUUCACGUCAUCCAGACAAAGGGGCUCAAAGAAAUGAGAAGCGGCACAGCCCCCCUGGCCUGCCUGGUUACCAUGCUCCACUCCCAAGUGAGGGGUGAUAGAGUGAAGAACAGCAUCUUCUUCAAGCUGCCAGGAAGAAUGAGCCUUUUCACACUAAAGAAAAAUGCCCUGCAGUGGACGAAGAACCCGUCAGGUUCUGAGGCUUCAGACCCAAACGCCACACCAGCAGCUUCAUCCACAUCUACGUUCGGUACAGCAGAGGGGGCAGAGCAGGAGAGCGGUGACUCCACAGAAACAACGGCUGCUAGUGGGGAGAAUGAUGCUUCAGUGGAUGAGACUUCCUCCAGUGCCUCUUGCUCCACAGAGCCACAGACACGACUAAGUCGAUCGUCACAGGUAUCUUCUCUCGAGCUAUAUAUAUAUAUUUUUAAUCUGUUUUGUAAUGUAAAUGCAUGCUUUGUGUUGCUAAUUUUUGUCCCUGCCUCUCUACAGUCAGGGAGACAGAGGAAGAAAUCUGUUAUGAUGCCCCGUGUGGUUCUUACUCCACUGAAGGUCAACGGCGAACACGUCCCAUCAGGAGCUGCGGGGAGGCGCAGGGAAGGGUCUAGGGGGGGUCCAGGCCCAGCACUUCGAGCCCGCUCCGAGCUGGGCUGGAAACGCCCCCAGCACUUCAAGAGUAUGCGUGGCCUACGUUCAGGACCCAUGAAGAGGAAUAGGGGUGGUGUAGAGGUGGACUUUGAGACCCCAGGCUCAAUCCUGGUCAACACGAACAUCCGUGCACUAAUUAACACGCGCACAUUUGCAGCAUUUCCUCCUCACUCUCAGCAACAGCUCCUUCAACUUCUCCCUGAAGUAGAUAGACAGGUUGGUCCUGAUGGUCUUGCCCGACUGAGCAGUUCAGCACUGAAUAAUGAAUUUUUCACUCAUGCAUCUCAGAGCUGGAAAGAGAGGCUUGCUGAAGGUGAGUUCACGCAUGAGAUGCAGGUUCGCUUUAGACAAGAGAUGGAAAAGGAAAAGAAAGUGGAGGCAUGGAAGGAGAAAUUCUUUGAGGAGUAUCAUGGCCAAAAAUCUGGCUUAACCCGUGAGGAGGCGUUAAAACUCACAAUGAGUGAUGCAGGAGACGUUUCUGGUUCAGUCCUUGGGGCUGAUACUGCUGCAGCCACACCCAAGAGGAGAGGCGUCGGAAGACGACGAAGGGAGGGCCGUAUCAGGAGACGAUCACGUGCUGACCUCAGACGCAGGGCGCGCCGCCCACUCUGCAAGGCCACUCCUGCAGCAGUGACUCAAGAGCAAGAAGAGACCCAGGCAGCUUUGGAAGAUGUGGCCCCAACUACGUCACCUGUCCCAGAAACCAGCACGGUGCAGGCAGAGGUUGUUCUUCAAGCCGAAUCAGUAUCAGAAGCUCCAGUGGAGACACUCUGUACAGAGGCAGCUCCCUCCCCUGCCCCUGUGUCUACUCCUACUCCUCCUGCGUCUACAAGCUCAACCUGCGAUGAACCAGAAGGUUCCACCAGCCUGUUGCCUGAAGUUGUGGAGCCCACUGUUGCCUCCACCUCCUCGCCUUCCUCAUCCUCUUCCUCAACAUCCUCAUCGUCCUCUCCAUCGUCAUCACCCUCCUCUACCUCUGACCGGCAAGGAGCUUUUGCUGCUAGCUCUGACUCAUCAUCUUCCUCCUCAUCCUCAACUGCUGCUGUUGCCACUGACCCACUGGAUGAUGGUGCCUCAAUCACCACUGGCACAGCAGGUACCGGUGCAAGCAGCAGGGAGAGCAGCCCCGCAGCAAGUCCUGCUACAGCCAGCCCUGCCAUCCAGCUCAAGGAUCAGAAGAGGAGACCUGACGAGUCCCAGGCCUUCACCAGCUUUCCCGAGAAGAGGGCACGAUUGGAUGAGCAUCAGUCCUUUCGUAACACAGUUGACUGUGUGCACUCAGAAAAGCCGCAGCCUACAACAGAGGAACCCAAGGUCCCGCCAAUCCGGAUUCAGCUCUCCCGGAUCAAACCUCCGUGGGUCAAAGGGCCGCCAACGUACCAAAUCUAUCCCCGCAUCGUGCCCCCCAACGAGGGGUCGCGGCGCAGUGGGACGGGGGCGCGCACCUUGGCGGACAUCAAGGCCCGUGCCCAGCAAGCCCGUGCACAGCGGGAAGCCGCUGCUGCUGUUGCAGCCACUGGAGACGGGGCAGGGCCUGGGGGGGGCGGCCCGGGGGGUGGUACUGGGAUACCGGAUUGCUCCAGCGGGAGGCGUUCGAGAGAGCACCCGGGUCCCAUUGAACCUGGAGGAGGAGGAGGAGGAGGAGGAGGAGGAAGAAGAGUUGAUGUGGAGGGCCAGGAAUCGCCUGCAAGCACUCAUUCGUCUGGAACACAACUACAGCUAUCCAAUGUAGAAACUCCAGAAAAACCUCAAGCCUCUACCCCACAAACUAUGCCAUCUCCAUCGUCUGUGUCAUCCAAUCCUUCAGUGCUACCAUCUGAGUCCCCUAAAACCCUCACACCGUCACCAACCGAGUCCGACAGUCCAGCCUCCCAGGACCAGGUGGAUGAUGUCUGUGGAGGGGAGGAGGUGACUGUCAGCUCCAGUGAUAAAGCCUCUGAGCAGACCUCGGACACUCCUGUGCCUACUCCCAGUGAGCCUGAGUCUGUAGGCAGUCAACAAGAGAGUAGGGUUGAAGAACCAGAUUCAAAUGACAGUAGAACAGUGACUCCCAAUUACACAGUUACAUCAGUGCCCAGUGAAGCAGUAAAUCUUGUUCCCACAUCGAUACCUGACUCACUGCCUAGGUUUGGUGCCCAAGGUGUGGAUGUGAUCAGAACCUUGGCAGCAUCAUCUCAGUCUUGGGAAGGUGAGCAGAAUUUGGGUGAACAUCGUUCUGGCACCACCGGGGUCAUUCAGCACGGGUCAGAUGUGAAAGUCCCCAAAGAGACAUUUGUUGUAGCCCGCAAUGGUUUUGUAGGUGGUGCAGAGGAUCAUGUGGUUAGGGAGAGAGUAUUGCAGGAGCACAAGAGUGCAGAGAUUGAGACUGGUGGUAAAUAUGUAAGUUCCCUCUCAUGUCUACCAAAUAAUAUGAGAGAGGAAGAUAAUGGUAUGCACAGUGACUCCACAGAGACGGCAUCAGACUUUGAGAAUGAAUCUCAAGAGGAUGAUACAGUGGACUGGCACAGAACAAUGGACCAUAAUGGAGUGCAGGGUCAGAAUACAAAGUCUCAGAAUCAGCCUGUCAUUCAGACACCAACUCGUCUUACUUCAUGCACUUUGAGCUCUCCCCAGCAUCAGCAGCCUGUAAUCCAGGCCCAUGUCUCUAACCCUGCUCAUAGCCAAACUGUCAUUCAGGCUCGUUUUCCCAAUGGCAUGCCAAACCAGCCAGUGAUUCAGACACAAAAGUACCAUUCAGUCCACACCCAUGGCAUAAACCAUGUCCAGGAGCAAAAUUCCAAUGCCUUGACUCGGGUCCAUGUGCAGCCAUAUCUCAUGCAUGUAGAGAAGGACCAAAGCAAGGCUCACGGUCUUAAUGAGAGUAGCAGUGGAGGAAAGCCAUUUAGCCCAAUAGAAGAUGAUGCAAAACCUUUCUGCAGAGCGCUUACAGAUGAUUCUGGAUUAAAAAACUCUGCCAGUCUUUCUGCUGUUAAAAGAAUUCAAGGUACUGUGCGACCUGUAUCCUCUGUAGAGGCAAACAACCCUCUAGUUACCCAGCUUCUUCAAGGCAGCCUACCUUUGGAGAAAGUCCUACCCCAGUCACACUCUGCAAGUAAGCUGGAGAUAAAUAGACUCCCAGGGGCACCAGCUGGUUUGCCAUCCAACCGCCAGCCUGGAGGAUCUCCCAUAAACAUGGCUCCCCGCUUCAGAGCUCCAACUGAAACAGAACCUGCUGGUUCAGACUUUCAGCACAAAGCCCCUUCUACUCAUCACCUGUCACCUGUGCCUGGAAGAAAUUAUGGUCCCUCACCACCUGCCAUUUCACAGCCUCGGAUGGCAUGCUUGCUUGAUGAAGCAAGCUCCCGUGGCACAGUUGUCCAGCAGUUUGUUCCUCAGCAGUCAGGGAGUGUUGUGCCUCCUGGUGCAGUACCAGUUAUCACCCCCCUCCCAUCCUCCACUUCUUCCUCUUCUAGGCAUUCAAUGGACAUGAACUCUCAAAGUGCUCAAGCUUUGGAGUCAGCUGUGAUAAAAGAGCACCACAUCCCUCAGCCUUCACGUGGUGACACUCCAGACAGGCAAGCAGCUGGUCUUCAGCAACACUCUCUGAACCUCUCCCAGACAAUCUGCAGAACAACACCUGAUGCUCCCUCCCCUCCACAUGGUGACCUUUGUCCUUCUGAAGUUUUACCUACUGUUAAGAUCAGCUGGCGCCCAUCCAAAUCACAGCCACCCCAACCUCAGUCCUAUCAGCAACAGCUCGCUCAUGGGGCUAGUGUGAAAAAUGAAGUCUCCUCACGCCCCUCGUGCCAGCAAGCUCUCACCAAAAAUUCACAGGCAUCAAUGGGUGGCAAUGGCUCUGUUGUUGUAACCAAAAAAGAACCCCAGAGCUCCAUAGACAGUUAUACAGGAAGUGGGGGAGCCAUGGAAGGACUGCUCAACAUGGAAAUGUCACUUGUAAGAAUGGCAAAAAAAGAGCAAGGCAAAAAUCUUUACAUCCGUCAUACAGACUCCUCAGUCUCACCUGUGUCCUCUUCUCCUUCCUCUACCUCUGCCUCGUCAUUUCCCUAUCAUCUGUAUGGAAAGCUGCCCAAGUUGCAGCAGAGUGGAGUUGGAGGUGCACUGGGUGGAGACACUGGAGGAGGGUCCUCAUCUGGCUUCAGCUACACAGCUAAUGUCUCUGUAGUGGACGGUAGCGGCUUCUCACGCAGCAUAGCAGAUAGUGUGCUGCAGCUGCGGCCACGUGUAGGGAACACUGGAAGCCAGAGCACAGCCCUUAGUAUCCAGGCAUUUGCUGACAGUGCAGCAGAGGAGGUGGCACUUAAGUGCUCCUGCCGCCUCAAGGCAAUGAUUAUGUGCCAGGGGUGUGGUGCCUUCUGCCAUGACGAUUGCAUUGGCCCUUCCAAACUCUGUGUUUCCUGUCUGGUGGUCAGAUAGUGUGUUACAGCACCUCUGAACUGAGUCCAACUCCGUGCUAAUGCAUUGGCGUCCCAAGACUUUACCUGUUCUCAGAAACCAGAGGAACUUUUGGACUCAACUGAGCAAAGAAUAUAUGGUAUUACUCUUCGUGUGGAUACCUGGCCUGAUUUUUGAUGUUGGAUAAAGCAAAACAAUAGGGCUGGUAGAUGCCCUGCAAGAUCAAAUUUAGUCUGUAUUUUUGCUUCAUAUUUUUUUCUAUUGCUGUUAUGAUGGUGUUAUGAUGUGUAUUAUUAUUAUUAUUAUUAUUAUUAUUAUUAUUGUUAUUAUUAUUACUGUUAUUAUUAUUGUUAUUAUUAUUAUUAUGACUAUUAUAAUUAUUGUCGGUAUUAAGUGAAUUUACAUGGCACGGUUGAUUGUAGAUUGUGCCUUUUCUUUCUUUUCCACAAAACAUUUACCUCAUCUACUUGACACCAAUCAUUGGUUCAGUGUGAAAAUGGUGGUGUUCAUGUUUGCAUUUUUCUCUCACCUACCUCUCUAAAAAGAGAGAGUGAAGAGUUGUUUUGCGCAUCUUGUCUUGCAAAGAAAUAUUUUUUUAAAUCAUUAAACAAGCCAAUUCUUUUGUUAUUUUGUAAGUGCUUCCUUUCUUUUUUAUUUUCUUAUCCAAAGUGAAGUCCAGUCUGUACUUGGCAGUUAAGCACAGUAUUCUAAUCUAAUAAAGCUGACAAUGAACAGAUUGGCUCCUACAUUUACUUUCCUUUUUACUUGCACUGUAAUAUGCUGUGUUCUGUGGCUUAAGAAUCAUUUCUGAACAGAUACAGUGCUGUGAAAAUUUGCUGUAUUUCUGUGUAAAAAUUGUGUAUUUGCCCUGAUGUCUUCUGGUUUUCUACAUCUCGUACUAAAUAGUUUUAGAUCUUCAAACAAGAUGCAACAUAAAACAAAGGCAACCUGAGUAAACAGGGUUUUGUUUUUUGUUUUUUUAUUGAAGCAAAAAAAAAAGUUAUCCAACACUUAUCACCAAUAUGAAAAACUAAUUGCCCACUUAAACUUAAAAUCUGGCUGUCCCACGUUUUAGCAGCAAAAACCAACCAAACGCUUCUGAUAACUGGAGAUCAGGCUUUCACUUACUCACUCAUUGUGUUUUGGAUAAUUUGUCUUGCUGCAUAAUCCAGUUGCUCUUGAGUUUCAACUUACGGACUGAAGACCGGGUAUUCUCUUUUAGGAUUUUCUGAUACAGAGCAGAAUUCGUGUUUCCCUCAAUUAUUGCAAGUCGGGUUAGCAGUGGUUUUCACCUUGCCACUCUUCCAUGAGCGCCACUUUUGCCCAGUGAUUUUCUGAUAGUGGAGUCAUGAACAAUGACCUUUUAUUGAUGCAAGAGAGGCAUGUAGGUCCUUUUGAUGUUGUCCUUGGCUAUUUGGUGACUUCCUGGAUGAGUAUUUGCUGUGCUCUUGGAGGAAUUUUGAAAGAUCGGCCAGUUCUGGGAAGGUUCCCUACUGCGCCAUUUUUCCAAUUGGAGAUAAUGGCUCUCACUGUGGUUCUUUGGAGUCCCAGAGCCUUUGAAAUAGCUUUGUAACCCUUCCCAGGCUGAUGUAUUUCAAUCACCUUCUUCCUCAUCAUUUCUGGAAUUUCUUUCAAUUUUGGCAUAGUGUGUUACUGCAUAAGACCUUGAGUGUUGAUUUGAUUGAACAGAGUUUGCAGUAAUCAGGCCUGCUUGCGUCUAGUCCAGCUGAACCCCAUUAUCAAUACAGUUUCAUAGAUUUGGGGAAUUAGUAACUAUGGGGUCAAAUACAUUUUCACACUGGCCCAGCUGGAAUUGGAUAACUUGCUUCAAUAAUUAAUGUUAUCAUUUAAAACUGUAUUUUGUGUUUACUCAGGUUGCUUUUGUUUUAUCUUCCCUUUUGUUUUAAUUUCUGAAACAGCUUGGUAUGAGAGAUGCACAAAAACAGAAGAAAUCAGCAGAUACUUUCACACCACUGUAUAUGAAUAUCUUGUUUUCCCCAUCAUAACCACUACCACACAAUUUAUCAUGUUUGUAAUAAUAUUAAUCAAUAGCAGAAAUUUGGCUCCUGCAGUCAAAUCUGAAGUUUAUAUUCAUGAGGUUUUUUUUUUUUUUUUAAAUUGCAAUAUCAAGGUCUGUUUUACACUCUCAACCUUUUGUAGGAGUAUUUUAAUGUAAUGUUAUAAAGGUUUUAAUGGAGUAGCACAGUUAUGUAAUUUUCUCAGUACUAGACAUCAAACAUGUGCAACUGAUGUAGCGAAAACAUGUAAUGUCUGGAAUGGUCAGCCUUGCACAUUUUAAUUACAAGUCAUGUUUGUGUAUGCAUUAUGACUAGAAUGUACAGUUUCCUUCCCAGGAAUUCACCUUGAUUUUAUUAUUGCUCUAUUUUUCUGUUGUUUUUUUUAUGUAGCCUGUAUCACUCAGAAGGACUGUCCGAAAGGGAGGCCUGUCACAAUAACACUUUUUGAUGGAUGAUAUAUUGUCCCAGAAAUAAUUGCGAUAAACAAUAUUAUUGUCAUUUUAAGACUAUUUUAUGCCACUGAUUUAAUAAUAUAAUAGCAUAAUGCAAACAAUACACCCUUUGAAAGAGCAAAGAACUUUUCAUUCUUAAGAAUAUUCAGACACUGGAAUUGGUGUGUCAAAUAGUUUGUCUUCUGAUGAAAAUAUCCUUUAAAUUUAGUCAAUAUUUCAUCUUAUUUAUUAAUAUUAAUCAGUUUUUCUCGGACGAAAAUGGCAUCAAAUAUUAGUCAGUAUUUUAUUUGAAGAGAAAAUGCAAAUUAAAUGAAAUAUUCACACAUUUUCUAUGUUAACUUAAACAUGUAUCAACGACAACGUGAAAACCUGAUCACCUGAAAUAUUACGAGUACUCUAUUGUAAUACAAUAUUGUGAGUUCUUUAUGCUUUAGUUAUUCAUUGUGUUUUAGUUAGUUGUUACUAAAAGAGCGUGACAUACAGUGUCCUCCACUAAUAUUGGCAAGCUUGGUAAAUAUGAGUAAAGAAGAAUGUGAAAAAUUGUCUUUAUUGUUUAACCUUUUUUUUGUUUUCAAAAAAAAAAAAAGUCACAAAAAUUCUGCUCA